CCUGUUUUCGAGUUGUUCCUUGGGUUUUGUUUAUAAUUGCGAAAUUGAAAUAAAAUUUUAACGCUAACGAUAUUGAAUCUCAUCAGAAAAUGUCGUGCUUUCUUUGCUUCAUAUGCCACAAUACAGUUCACUGUGACACAAAUGUUGAAACACGGGAAAAAUACAAAGAAUUGGUUGGAAUGAAAUUAUGUUCAGACUCUCAUCUUUGCCAUGUGUGCUGUCACUUGCUGAGAAAGCUGUGGUUAUUUAAGUCAAUAUGCUUAAGAAGGAGUAUGGAGUACCCUGUCUUAUUUAGUGACCGAGGCACAGUCUAUCUACAAAACAGCCAGAUAGAAACUGUCAUCCUAUGCCCAGACAUAGAAGAAUGCGAACAACAUACAAACACAUCAUACCACUUCACAUCUGACACAGAUACCAACCAAUAUGUAUCUUUAGAAGAUACAGAUAAAAUAGAUAUAACGGAUGAAAAAGAAUAUAUUGAGUCAGACGAUGAUACAGAAUUUAAUAAUUACGAUCAAGAUAUAGAAAAACAAAAUGACACAACAAUUGAAAAUAAAAAUGAAGAUACAGAAGAAAUUAAACCUAAGGAAGAAUUGAAUAAGUACAAUGAUUUUUAUAAAAUAAUUUUGAGCGUUGAAGAGCAGAAGGCGGAGUUGGAAGCGAAGAGGAGAGAAGAGAAAUAUUUGGAAGCGGAGUUUAAAUGCUAUAAUUGUGCUAUGGCGUUUUUGUUUAAAGAUACUUAUCAAGCUCAUAUGAUGAGACAUGAAGAGUCAAACGGCGAGCACCUCUGUCCGAUCUGUCUCCUCCGCUUCGCGUCGUCCGCCGUGCUCCGCGCGCACGCGCAGACGCACCGCGAGCGCGGCGUGUGCGCGCGCUGCGGCGCCACCGUCGGCGCGCGCCGCCGCAACGCGCACAGAGCUAAAUGCAUGAAUAAUCAAGCUAUAUGCCAUCUCUGCUCUAAGGCUUUUACCGAUGGUAACGGCCUACAGCAGCACAUCAAGCGCUUCCAUCUCUCAAAAACCAGCAGCAAAACUUAUUCCUGUCAUGUGUGCGGCAAGACUUAUAACAACCAAGCGGCCGUACGGACACAUAUGAUCCUGCCCUGCCAGCUGUGCUCAAAAACCUUCGCCACGCAGCGCUCCCUAGCGUCCCACAUGCAAACUGUACACUCCACCGACAAGAAAUACUGUUGCAAUAUGUGUGGGGCGAGCUAUACUAGCAAGAAAUCACUGGGCGCACAUAUACGAAGGCACACCGCGCAGCCUAAACUGUGCUUGUGUCAUCUCUGUGGGGCUAGCUUCCAGGGUAACAGCAAACUGAACAGACAUCUAAGAUCAGUGUGUGAAAAGAACAAGCUAGAGGAAGAACUAUCGGCUUUCUAUAAUCAAGAAUGAGUAUCAAACUAUACCUACUACCAGGCACGGCUCACUCCGCGAUUUCGUCGCGUCGCUACAAGUACAUGCGGCCCACACCAAUGUUGGUGUCUAGCAGUAGUGGCUGCCGCGCACCGCUACGGAACGGCCGCCUGCUCGCGCUUGCGCCACCUUGCGGUUAUAUCUGUCGUAAUAGACGCGUUUUGUUA